GAAAAGCUCCCACAAUAUCUCUCAUUUAAACCCCCACAAUUUACGAUCCGAUCAAUUUACCCCCCCCCCCACAACAGAGUAAACCCUCUGAUUAGAGAAUAAUUAAGUAAAUCAACAUGCUUAAGAUGGAGAUUAACGGCGACACUGCUACCCCCUCUCCUCCUUCCAAUAUCUCUUCUCCUCCUUUUCCGGCUUCACCCCAAUCGCAAUCGCAAACGCAGGUGGUCAUGAGCCCCUGUGCGGCGUGCAAGAUCCUGCGGCGGCGGUGCGCCGAGAAGUGCGUCUUGGCGCCGUAUUUUCCUCCGACGGAGCCAACGAAGUUCACCAUCGCCCACCGCGUCUUUGGCGCGAGCAAUAUCAUCAAGUUCUUGCAGGAUCUUCCCGAAUCACAGAGAGCCGACGCAGUGAACAGUAUGGUGUAUGAGGCAGGAGCCAGGAUAAGGGAUCCUGUGUACGGAAGCGCAGGCGCCAUUUACCAUUUGCAGAGACAGGUGAGCGAGCUUCAAGCCCAGCUCGCCAAAGCGCAGGUCGAGCUGGUGAGCGUUCAGCUCCAAAGAGCGAACCUGCUGGCAUUGCUUUGCAACCAGCCGAACGUACAAGACCAAUUAGGACCGUACAAUCAUCUCUCCUCCUCCUUUGAAAGCGGUGAUGAUUUCAUUAGUAGUCCUGAUGAAGAGAGCAAUGAUUUGGGUUAUUUCCUCGAUGACAACACCAACUCGUCCAUGUCUUGGUGGGAUCAUCCCCUUUUGACAUGAUCAUGAUGACGAUGAUAUGAUGAUGGUGAUGAUGAUGAUGAUAGGACACAAAAGCUUUAGUAGUUAGCUUGAUUUAGUUAUUAUAAAAAGACCCAGAAUAUGUUAUAUAUGUGUAUGGGUAAUUUUCGGAGGUUCGGAUAUUAGAGUGAUUUCAAGCAAUCAUAUUUUAACACGUCAGCUAAGUUGCUGGAAAACUUCUGCAACAUUGUAAAAGAUAUAUAUAUGUAUGUAUGUAUAUAUAUCUUCUGACGUGUUAAUAUGCGAUGAUAGUGUUGACGGAAUGGAUAAGAUGUCUGAAAUGUGGCAGAGGAGGUAGCCGUAAGAGAUUCUGAAGAUGUACACUCUUAAUUAACUCAGGAGCCAUGUGGGCUCAAAACUGAGAAGGCGAUCUUUUACAUUAUAAUAAUUAAGUUUUAAUUUUAUAGUUUCUAUUUAUUGUCUUGUAUGACAGCAACUAAUGAAUGAAAUUGAUAAAUUAUCGGAAAA